UAACUUUUCCCUUGUGGACAAGCCCUUAUUUUAAACAUCGCCUGUUUUUCCAGGAGCCUCUGCUCCUUUAAAUACUCAAAGCAAGGGGCUGGCCCUAUUUUGCCUAGCCACUCCCACUCCCCCAUCUCCCGCUUCCCAAGGAUAUUUGAGCCGAGAUCCGUGUGAGUGACUCAGACUGUCAGUACCAGAGAGGCAGACGUUCGAGGUGGGGAAGGCAGCUCCAGAGAUCUGAGUCACUGACCCGUGCUCCCGUCUUUCUGCCAGGCUGUGAACCGGGAUGGAUACCCCGUCUCUGAAGAGGGCCACACGGAGUGGGGCGGGUGGCACCCCGCUCUCUCCAGCCCGCAUCACCCGCCUGCAGGAGAAGGAGGAUCUGCAGGAGCUCAACGACCGGCUGGCCAUCUACAUUGACCGGGUGCGCUCGCUGGAGUCGGAAAACGCGGGUCUCCGGCUGCGUAUCACCGAGUCCGAGGAGGUGGUGAGUCGCGAGGUGUCGGGCAUCAAGUCGGCCUACGAAUCGGAGCUGGCGGAUGCCCGCAAGACCUUGGAUUCCGUGGCCAAGGAGAGGGCUCGACUGCAGCUGGAGCUGAGCAAAGUGCGGGAGGAGUUCAAGGAGCUGAAGGCACGGAAUGGCAAGAAGGAAGGGGACCUGCUGGCCGCACAGGCUCGCCUCAAGGACCUGGAGGCCCUGCUCAACUCCAAAGAGGCCGCGCUCACCACUGCCUUGGGGGAGAAGAGGAAUCUGGAGAGUGAAAUCCGGGAGCUGAGGGCCCAAGUAUCCAAGCUGGAAGCCGCCCUGGGCGAGGUGAAGAAGCAGCUGCAGGAUGAGAUGCUGCGUCGGGUGGACGCCGAGAACCGUCUGCAGACGCUGAAGGAAGAACUCGACUUCCAGAAGAACAUUUACAGCGAGGAACUUCGCGAGACCAAGCGUCGCCAUGAGACCCGCUUGGUGGAGAUCGACAACGGCCGCCAGCAGGAGUUUGAGAGCAAGCUGGCUGAUGCCCUCCAGGACCUGCGGGCCCAGCACGAAUCCCAGGUCAGACUGUACAAGGAGGAGCUGGAGAAGACCUAUGGCUCCAAGCUGGAGAAUGCCAAGCAGUCGGCGGAGAGGAACAGCAGCAUGGUGGGCGCCGCCCACGAAGAAUUGCAGCAAUCGCGGAUCCGCAUCGACAGCCUGUCGGCCCAGCUCAGCCAGCUGCAGAAGCAGCUGGCUGCCAAGGAGUCGCAGCUGCGGGACCUGGAGGACGCGCUGGCCCGGGAGCGGGAGACCAGCCGACGCAUCCUGUCGGACAAGGAGCGGGAGAUGGCGGACAUGCGGGCCAGGAUGCAGCAGCAGCUGGACGAGUACCAGGAGCUGCUGGACAUCAAGCUGGCCCUAGACAUGGAGAUCCAAGCCUACCGCAAGCUGCUGGAGGGAGAGGAGGAGAGGCUGAGGCUGUCUCCAAGCCCCAGCUCCCAGAAGCGGGGUUCCAGGAUCCAUGUGAGCCACUCCACCACACCGGGCUCCUCCAAGAAGAGGAAGCUGGAGGACGGGGAGCGCCGGACGAGCUUCUCCCAACAUGCGAGGACCAGUGGUCGUGUGGCCGUGGAAGAGGUUGAUUUGGAAGGGAAAUUUGUCCGUCUCAGGAACAAGUCCAACGAGGACCAGGCGAUGGGGAGCUGGCAGAUCAAGCGUCAGAAUGGAGACGAGGCCCCCAUCAGCUACCGCUUCCCUCCCAAGUUCACCCUGAAGGCCGGCCAGGUGGUCACGAUCUGGGCUUCUGGAGCUGGCGCCACCCAUAGCCCUCCCACUGACAUGGUGUGGAAGGCCCAAAGCUCCUGGGGCUCUGGAGACAGCCUGCGAACCGCCCUGAUCAACUCCAGCGGAGAGGAAGUGGCCAUGAGGAAGCUGGUGCGCACGGUGAUCAUCAAUGACGAUGAGGAGGAUGACGAUGACGAAGUCAGUGUCCACCACCGUCACCACCAUGCCCACUGCAGUGGCACAGGUGAUCCUGGCGAGUACAACCUGCGCUCCCGCACUGUGGUGUGCAGCACCUGUGGCCAGCCGGCAGAGAAAGCCAGCGGGGGCCAGAACGUCGCGGCUGGCUCCAUGUCCUCGGAAUCGUCCGCCUCUAGCCUCACCAUCACCCGCAGCUACCGCUCCCUUGGGGGCACUGGUGGGGGCAGCAGCGGCCUUGGAGAAAACCUGGUGACCAGGUCCUACAUCCUGGGUAACUCCAACCCACGCAAUCAGGGUCCUCAAAACUGCAGCAUCAUGUAACCAGCAGAGGGCACUCUCCUUGCUUACAACCUGCCAUAUCAUGCUAUUCCUCCCCGCCCCCCCCAGGCUAGAGAACCAUUUCCCCCCCUUUUUAAAACAAAGGUGGUUUUUUGUGUUUUUUCUACAGCAGAAAUUAUAUAUAUAUAUAUAUAUAUAUAUAUAAAAAAAUGCUAAAAGAUGCUUUGAUUUUUUUUAAGAAAAAAUCUAUUUCUAUAAAAAAAAAAAAAAAGCUUUUCAGCUUCUACAUUUUUUUAAAAACUAAAACCAAAGAGGUCAAAGAAUUGUGGCUACCAAAAAAAAGAGAAGAAAACAAAAAAAGAUUGUAGUUUAAUAGCUUUCUAGAUGUAUUUUUUGGCCAAAGCUUUUUAUAUAGGACUAGCAGCUGUAAAGCCACAAGAGCUGAAAUGCUGACUGUUAUUUCCCAGGGGCUGUGUUGCUAUCAGAACCAUGCAAUACCAUUGCACUUAGACCCUAUGGCAAAGCUCACUUGAAGUCAGUAGGCCUCAUGCUGAUGUCAGUGAGCUAUGGUUCAGGCCCAGAAUCCUUUAGGAGGAGGAUCAAAUCAUCAGGCCUGUUUCUCAUAUACACUAAGGCCCUUUUACGUCACUCUUACAAUGGAAAGUGGCCUUCAAGUGGAUGGAACUGUAACUUACGAGCACUGCGGAAAAAACGACCUUGGUGCAUUUCACCCAGUGGGCCUGAUUCUCAUUGAUAGCUCUGUGUCAGCUUCAGAUUCUGUUUAAUCGCAUGGGGGCAUUAUCUUAAGCGCUCUCCUUUUGUCCCAUUUCCUCUGCUUAACUGCCAUUCCCCGACCAGCUGCUGCACUGCUAUAGCCAUGGGAGAUGCUGAUGAGUUUAAUUCUCGUACUGUACUGUUGUUAUUCAAUGACACUUCUUUUUCUUCUAAAGGCAGCCAAGUCGUGCCUUAAAGGGUGAUACUGAUUGGGUGAGCUUAAUCAGAAAGGGAGAUGAUAGAGGAACGAGGAGCCUGGUUUAGAGAGCUUGGUAGCACAGGAUCCAGUUCAGAGACCAAGGGCAGAGCGAUCAGGGAGACAGAAAGAGAGACUGUUUCGGAAUGUGCUUGUUAUAAGCCUGGGACCAGAUAUCGACGCCAGCCCUGACCAGAGUGACCUUUAAGGUUUCCAAGAGGCUGAGCAAAGCUGGUUGGGUUGUGGGGUUUAUUCUCAGUUAACGUGAGCCAGAUCCUUAGCUGGUGUGAAGCCUGCCUACCCCUGUUGCCUUAACGGAACUUACUGUCACCAAAUGAGGCUAUGCUCUGUGUGAUUACGGCUGCACUAGCUGCUGCUUCUCCCUGCGGGUAUGAUCCUGCAUCACACCCCACUCCUUCUGCUGACUUCAUUCGGAGUUUGGGGGGCACACUGGGUGGCAGGGUCAGACCCCAAGUCCACUAAGGAAUUGGGGGAUCACAUGGUUUGCAGGAGGACAGGUCUCCUUUCCACCCUGUAUUACACUAACUGAUUUGUUUUGGAGGCCUGUCUGAGCCCGGGAUGGAUCAAGACGUCUCAACAAGAUCCAUCCAGUCCAUUUGUCCUGUUGUGCUCAAUGGCUUUUGUUUUCCUGCAUGACACUGUCUGAGCCCACCGCAUGCCCCUCCUCCAUCAGAGCAGGGUGGGGGAGCCCAGGGCAGCUCAGAGUAGAGUCAGCGUAGAGUUGUCCAGUCAAUGCUGUGUUGGCAAAGUGUUGCCUUUUCUUUCGGUGCAAAAAUCCAAUACUAAAAUAAAACCACCGCAAUCCCCGUAUCUAUUGAACUUAUUGUCUUGGAGCCGCUACCACUGGCCAAGGCUUGUACCCACUACAGCGCCUGUCCUCUGCCCUACCACCUCCCUUCAGCGUCACCCACCUUGAUCCACUCUGCUGGGUGCCGAUCUCUGUUCCACAGGGGACGUCCUGGCUUUGUCACUGUUAAGGUUUGGUUGCUGUAGGUGGAUCUGGCAAGGCCUUGUACUGUUAAUUGGAAAUGUUGCAAUAUUUCUGUUUUCCAAAAUCAAUACACCAGAGAGCCUA